AUGCGUGAAAUCGUAAAUAUUUCAAUUGGACAAUGUGGUAAUCAGAUAGCAUCCAAAUUUUGGGAAACUGUUGCCAAUGAGCACGGUCUCUCUCCUCUUGGAGUUUACGACGGCGAUUCUGACUUACAACUUGAACGAAUUAAUGUCUAUUUUAACGAAGCAACAGGUGGUAAGUAUGUUCCACGAGCAAUUUUAUGUGAUCUCGACACGGGUGCCAUCGAUUGCAUACGAGCUUCGUGUUAUGGUCAAAUUUUUCGACCAGAUAAUUUUGUUUUUGGCACCGUCGGAGCUGGUAACAACUGGGCUAGAGGAUAUUACGGUGAAGGAUCUGAAACGAUCGACUAUCUAUUAGAUAGUAUCCGACGCGAAGUUGAAAGCACCGAUUGUAUGCAAGGUUUUCAAAUCAUGCAAGGUAUCGGUGGUGGAUCAGGUUCAGGACUUGGUUCACUUGUUUUGAAUCGUCUACGUGAAGAAUAUCCUGAUCGUAUGAUUGUUUCGUAUACCGUCUUUCCAUCACCACAGGUGUCAGAAUCGAUUGUUGAGCCUUACAAUGCUUUACUUGCUACUCAUUAUCAUAUUGAGUCAACAGAUAUGUUAAUAUGUUUUGAUAAUGAAGCUCUCUAUGAAAUAUGUACUCGAUCGCUCAAGAUUUCUACUCCAACAUUGACUGAUCUUAAUCAUUUGAUUGCUAAUACUAUGUCAGGUAUUACUACAUGUCUUCGCUUUCCUGGUCAAUUGAAUGCCGACUUGAGAAAACUUGCUGUUAAUAUGGUUCCAUUUCCACGUCUGCAUUUUUUUAUGUCAUCUUUGGCACCGUUAACGUCACGAACUGCUCAGUCAUAUCGCACAAUGUCUGUUUUAGAUCUAGUUCAUCAAGUUUUCAAUCCUCGAAAUGCUAUGUGUGCUGUCGAUCCAAGACAAGGACGAUACCUUACAGUUGCAUUAGUCUUUCGUGGUCGAUUGUCAAUGCGGGAAAUCGAUGAGCAACUGUUAAACGUUCAAAAUCGUAAUUCUCAAUAUUUUAUUGAAUGGAUACCGAAUAAUGUGAAGACAGCGGUGUGUGAUAUUCCACCGAGAGGAUGUCGCAUGUCCUGCACUUUUCUCGCAAACAAUACAGCUGUUGAGCAAUUAUUCAGAAAAAUCUGUCAACAAUUCUGUGCUAUGUAUAAAAGAAAAGCAUUUAUACAUUGGUAUACAGCUGAAGGGAUGGAUGAUAUUGAGUUCACUGACGCGGAAGCGAGUUUAAAUGAUCUCAUUAGUGAAUAUCAGCAGAUCGGUAAUUACGAUACCAGUGAACAAAUUGGCGAAUCUUCAUCUAAAGAACAGCUAAAACUGCAAUGA